GAAAACAGAAGCAGCGUGCAGUUGAGUAGCUAACAACCUGCUAGCACCUUUGGCCGGCUCAUGUUCUCUCUGCAGGAUGGCCGACACGACAGACGGGACGUGGGAAAGUUUACCGGUUAAACUCAACGAUAAGAUUCUAGAAACGCUCGAUGAGCUCAAGUUUACGCACAUGACACCUGUACAGUCCGCCUGCAUUCCGCUGUUCAUGAGCAACAAAGAUGUGGCUGCCGAGGCGGUGACUGGGAGUGGAAAGACGCUGGCCUUUGUCAUUCCUAUUAUAGAACUGCUCCUGAAGCGAGAAGAGAAGCUAAAGAAGAUGCAGGUUGGUGCCUUGGUGGUCACUCCCACCAGAGAACUGGCCCUCCAGAUCAGUGAAGUGAUGGAGCAGUUCAUUCAGAAAUUUCCACAGUUUACGCAGAUUUUACUGAUUGGUGGCAGCAACCCAAUAGAAGAUGUGGAGAAGUUCAAGAAUCAGGGGGCAAACAUUGUGAUUGCCACGCCAGGCCGUUUGGAGGACAUGUUCAGGAGGAAGUCUGAUGGGCUGGACUUGGCCAGCUCAGUAAAGAGUCUGGAUGUGCUGGUUCUGGACGAGGCUGACAGAUUGCUCGACAUGGGCUUUGAGGCCAGUCUGAACACCAUCCUGAGCUACCUGCCCAAACAGAGGCGUACAGGCCUGUUUUCAGCCACCCAGACUCAGGAGCUGGAGAAGCUGGUGAGGGCUGGCCUCAGGAACCCCGUACGCAUCACUGUCAAAGAGAAAGGCUUGGCUGCUACCGCUGCUGCUCAGAAGACGCCCUCCAGGCUCUCCAACUACUACACUAUUUGCAGAUCAGAGGACAAGUUCAACAACCUGGUGGCUUUUCUGAGGCAACACAAGCACGAGAAGCACCUGGUGUUCUUUAGCACCUGUGCAUGUGUGGAGUACUACGGCCGAGCUCUGGAGGUGCUGGUCAAGAAGGUCACCGUCCACUGCAUCCACGGCAAGAUGAAAAACAAGCGCAACAGCAUCUUUGCUGACUUUAGGACCCUGAAAAGUGGGAUCUUGGUGUGUACAGACGUAAUGGCCAGAGGCAUUGAUAUCCCUGAUGUUAACUGGGUGCUGCAGUACGAUCCUCCCAGCAGCGCCAGCGCCUUUGUACAUCGAUGUGGACGAACAGCACGUAUCGGUAACUACGGUAACGCCCUCGUCUUCCUGCUGCCAAUGGAGGAAUCCUACGUCAACUUCUUGUCCAUCAACCAGAAGUGCCCGCUGCAGCAGAUGAACCCGGUCAGCGAUGUUGUGGACGUGCUGCCCAAAGUGAAGGCCAUGGCUCUGGCGGACCGCGCCAUGUUUGACAGAGGCAUGAGGGCCUUUGUCUCGUAUGUCCAGGCCUACGCCAAACACGAAUGCAGCCUCAUCUUCAGGGUCAAAGAUCUGGACUUUGCCUCUUUGGCCCGUGGCUUUGCGCUCCUUCGCAUGCCAAAGAUGCCAGAACUGAGGGGGAAAACAUUUCCUCAGUUCACCAAGGAGACAGUGGACACAGACACCAUCCGCUACAAGGACAAGAACCGGGAGAAGCAGAGGCAGAAGAUGCUGGCUGAGCUCAAAGACAAGGUGAUACUUCCCAAGAGGAAGUUUGAAAAAAACAAAGCCUGGUCCAAACAGAAGACCAAAAAGGAACGCAGGAAAAAGAAGGACGCCAAGAGGAAGCGCGGCGAGGGCUCUGAUGUUGAAGAUGAAGACAUGAAAGAGCUUUUAAAUGACACCCGCCUCCUCAAGAAACUAAAGAAAGGUCAAAUCAGCGAGGAGGACUUUGAGACACAGAUAACCAGUGGACCAAAGUCAAAACACAAAUCAGACGAACGAGGACAAAGCAGCUGCAUUCAAGUGGAGGCCACUUAAAACUCUUGACCUUC